AUGGGCGCGUACAAGUUCGUGUCGGAGCUAUGCAGGAGGAAGCAGUCGGACGUGAUGAGGUUCGUGCAGCGCAGGGCUCUCGGCUCCCAGGCCAAGCAGCUUGGCAAGCCUAUUGAGGAGACCAAGGAAGAUGUGUACCCGAGGACCCACAAGUCGCCUGCCAAGAUACGCAUAAUUUUGAAAUCUUUCAAUAACCAGAAGAACAAUCUGAAGGAGCUUGCGCCGUACAUGCAUAAGGUCGGGUUGCCUGAAUCGCGGUCCUUAUACACCGUGCUGCGAUCACCUCAUAUUGAUAAGAAAUCCAGGGAGCAAUUCUCAACGCAUGUGAAGAAAGUGUUUGUGGAGAAAACAGCAGAGACGCAUGAACUGGCCAAGAAGUUCUUCUGGUUGAAACGGCUUCGUAUAUUGGGGGCUCAGUACGAAGUCGUUAUUAAUUUCAAGACACGCUUGGGUAAAAAGAUUGGCUGCAGCAAAGGUGGUGGCCUGCUUUGA